CCUCGAGGGCCGGUGCUGAGGUCCACUUCGGGUGAGGGCCCCGGCCCGUGGUGCGCGCGUGGGCGCCCCGGCCCGCACAGCCGCCCGUCUCCCCGGCAGGUGAACAUGGUGAUCGGCAUCCUGGUAUUCAACAAGCUCGUGUCCAAAGACGGCAUCACCGACAAGAAGCUGAAGGAGCGGGCGGGGGCCUCCCUGUGGAGCUCCUGUGUGGUGUUGCCGCUGCUGGCGCUGACCUGGAUGUCGGCCGUGCUCGCCGUCACCGACCGCCGCUCCGCCCUCUUCCAGAUCCUCUUUGCCGUCUUCGACUCCCUCGAGGGCUUCGUCAUCGUCAUGGUGCACUGCAUCCUGCGGAGGGAGGUCCAGGACGCCGUCAAGUGCCGCGUGGUUGACCGCCAGGAAGAGGGCAACGGGGACUCGGGGGGCUCCUUCCAGAACGGCCACGCCCAGCUCAUGACUGACUUCGAGAAGGACGUGGAUCUGGCCUGUAGAUCAGUGCUCAAGAAGGACAUCGCGGCCUGCCGCACCGCCACCAUCACGGGCACGCUGAAGCGGCCGGCGCUGCCCGAGGACGAGAAGCUGAAGCUGGCGCACACCAAGGGGCCGCCGUCCAACUUCAACAGCCUGCCGGCCAACACGUCCAAGCUGCACCUGCACGGCGCGGCGCGCUGCCCCGGCGGCCCCCUGCCCGACUUCCCCAGCCACUCGCUGACCCUCAAGAAAGACAAGGCGCCCAAGUCCGCGCUGGCGGGCGACGGGGACAUCUUCAAGAAGCUGGACUCGGAGCUGAGCCGGGCCCAGGAGAAGGCUCUGGACACGAGCUACGUGAUCCUGCCCACGGCCACGGCCACGCUGCGGCCCAAGCCCAAGGAGGAGCCCAAGUACAGCAUCAACAUCGACCAGAUGCCCCAGACGCGGCUCAUCCACCUGAACAUGGCCCCCGACGCCGGCUUCCCCGCGCGCAGCCCCCCGGCCCGCGAGCCCCCCGGCGGGCCGCCCGAGGCGCCCCCCGCGCAGCCGCCGCCGCCGCCCCCACCGCCCCCGCCGCCGCCGCCGGCCCUGGAGCCGGCGCCCCCCAGCCUGGGGGAGCCGGGCGAGUCUGGGGCGCACGCGGGCCCCAGCGCGGGGCCUGCGGCCAAGAGCGAGAACGUGGCCACCUUGUCGGUCAGCUCCCUGGAGCGGCGGAAGUCACGGUAUGCAGAGCUGGACUUCGAGAAAAUCAUGCACACGCGGAAGCGACACCAGGACAUGUUCCAGGACCUGAACCGGAAGCUGCAGCACACCGCGGAGAAGGAGAGGGAGGCCCUGGGCGCGGACAGCAAGCCAGAGAAGCAGCAAACGCCCAACAAGCGGCCCUGGGAGAGCCUGCGGAAAGCGCACGGGGCGCCGGCCUGGGCCAAGGAGCUGGAGCCGUCGCCGCUGGAGCUGCGCGGCGUGGAGUGGGAGAAGGCGGGCGCCACGAUCCCGCUGGUGGGGCAGGACAUCACGGACCUCCAGACCGAGGUCUGAGCCGGCGCGGGCCGGGCGGACGGAUGCUGCUCUGCCCGCUCCUGCACCGGACAGGACGGGCGCCGACGCUCGCGGGCCGCGGGCCAGGCCCGCGCCCCGGCCUCAGGGCUCCCGGCGGCGCUGGGACCGGAGCCAGACGCAGGACAG